CAGACUAAAUCCACUGCACACACACACACUUCCUACUAUGCUGAAGCCCGAUCAGAUAGAGCCACCCACUGCUCCCUCCCCAACACCCAAAGUGAAAAUGCCCAUUAGCUUUGUAACACAAGCACCCACACGAAGCUAUAUGUGCAGUCGUGUAGAGUCAUGGGUUAAAGCAGCACCUGUUCACAGGAUGGAUUUAAAGCUCAUAUGGACCACGUUGCUCUUCAGUCUGAUUGUACGGGUCAGCUGUGACCCUCACCUGUCAGAACAAGAUGUGGCCCUGCUGGCUGAGGAGGAGAACCCAAAGUGUUUCACAACAAAUCUAAAGGACCUCACCUGCUUCUGGGAGGUACCUGAGAGAAAGUCUUAUGAAUUCUUCUACAUGAUAGACGGAGAUGAUGAAGAGAGAAGGUGUGAUGUGGAAAAGCAGAGGACUGAAGAUGGAAAAAUACUUCAGAUUUGCUUCUUCCCACCUGACGAUGUAUACAUGUUCGCCGAAACAGUCCUGAGAGUUGUGGAAACACAGACCAACAAAACGAUUUAUAACCGCACUAUUUGCAUAGAGGAAAAAAUUCUAUUGAAUCCUCCUUCACCUCCAUCUCUUGAAUAUACUGGGGAGGUUGGAGAGCUUCUGGUUAGGUGGAAAAUCACAAAAAUUUCUACACAUGAGACAUUUGCACGUCCUUUGCAGUAUGAGAUACGUUACUCCUCAGACUCCUCACCAGGAAAAGUUACACUGGUCAAGAGCCACAAAUCCGAACACAGGCUGAUCUCCCUGGUCCCCGGAGAGAUGUGCACAAUACAGAUACGGCUCAGGCCCAAUGGCAGUUGGAAAGGCUUCUGGAGUGCCUGGUCCCCCUCAGUUACAGCUAUGGUGCCUCAACCUGCAGAUGAUGUUGAUUUUCAGUGUCACACUCCUGAUCUUCAUCAGAUCCAGUGUAGAUGGAAUGAGGGAAAAUAUGGUUCUGGAAUUUACAGCCUACAUUACAGACAAACAAACAGUGAUUGGGAGAUCUGUGAUAGGUCCAAUGCCUCUGGCAUUCAGUGUGUUCUCUAUGGAGAAGAAUCAACCAUGCUCGAGGUUUUUCUCGAAGCUGAGCUGGAGUCUGUCAAUCGAACCUUUUAUUCAGGCAUGUUCAGGAUGAACAACAGCAUAAAGACAGAAGCUCCAGAUGGGCUAAAGGAGGAAAGCGAUGCGGAAAGGCAUUGUCUGAGCUGGGACUCCCCUCUUCCACUCAUAUCCCAGCACCUGAUCUAUCAGAUCCGUUACCAACUCCAAGGAGAGAGUGAGUGGAAGCUUUUCACUGUGCCAAGUCCAAGAACCAACACUUGUUUGGAUGUGCAAGUGGGCAGCCAGUAUUCCAUCCAAGUUAAAGCCAUGCCUAAUGGAUCGUUAUACAGUGGUCACUGGAGUACCUGGUCCAAAUGUCUGAUUGUGCAGUUGCCUUUAAACACAGGAUUGCUGUUCAUUGCCUUGAUCCCGUUCAGCUUGCUCAUCAUUUCUGUCAUUUUGUUCUCCUUCCUCUCUAGAUAUGCCAGUAAAAUCAAGCAGUUUCUCUGGCCACCAGUCCCAAAUCUUAAUGAGGUGCUGGAGGGCUUCCUAAAAGAUAUCAAUGCUCAACACUGGGAGCCCAAAUUCAGCCUCAAGCUGUGUGAUGAAGACAUCCCUUCCUCAGUGGUAGAGAUCAUGUCUGAAGGAGACGCUCAAGUUGGGAAGAAACCAUCUAACUGCUUUCAUUUCCCUCAGCAUGGCUACAUCUCUGGAAAUGGUAAUGGUGAGUAUGCCAUGGAGGGUCUGGAGCUAAACCGAGAGUAUGUGACCUUAAACACUGGCGAGGUUCUCCCAUGCCUGACAGGAAACGACUACGUCUACAAGGUGAAUUCUUCUUCUGCCCAGACUGGAGAUAAACUCUGUUGCCAUUGCUCCUCAUUCUGUUACAUUUCCUUCUCAACACCAACCACCAAUAUCCUCAACCACUCCUAUGUGCAGGCCGGGGAUGAUGAAGCUUCAAUUCCUAUGCUUCACUACACCAACCUAGAGGAUACAUCAGCUAAGCUAAGGCAUAAUGAAGAGUGAGCUUUGAGCUAAAUUCACAGUGCAGUGCAGUGGGCACAGGGCAUGUAGCAUAUUUACAUAUUUGUUCAUACUUUGACUGUCCUCCACUCUAGUCUCACACUUUUCAGUUUCAGAAGCACGACAACAGAGAGGAGGGCGGUCAAAACUGGGUCAAAGUCAAUGUUAAACCACUGUGUUCCUGUGCAUCUCUGAACUGUGUAAAUAUGCACUGCUAAUUUCCUAAUCUCACUAGAUGGCUGUUAUAACCUAGCCAAGCCAUUUUCUUUUUUGUACCCCUCUCCUUGUAACUGAGAAGAGAAAGGGAUUGAAAUCCCCACUAAGACAUGAGACAACCCUUUAAAAUCCUGGUAUAUGACAUCAAAAUAGGGUAAAAUGUUUUAAGAACCAAAAGUAUAAUCCAUAACCAAGAAAUUUCAGUUUGAAAAUGAGAGGACUAUUAUUUAUAUCAAGAAUUUUAAAAUCAUGUUUGUAAACAGAAUAUUUAAUAUUGAAUGGAGAGUUUAAUUUUCCGUUUUGUGUUUUACCUUCAUAAGAAAUCUGUUUUCGCUUUCAGUUGUUUUUUUUCGCAGUUACACUUCUCUCUGUCUUGCUUUCAGUUUGAAAAUUUUCUCGCUUUUAGUUUUGACCCUGUUUUUAAGGGUAGGUGGGGACUAGUCAUUCAUUGGCUGCUGGAAAUAUACCCCACCCAUUAAGGUUAUUCCAUUCACUCAGCAAAAGCCCGCAACUUAUGGCUCAGUGAACUGUCACAGUACGCGAGGGGUUGUGUAAUAAUUAAUAAUUUCAUUAUCCAGAUACAAACCAAACUGGGCCUGUGCGGUUAGGUAUCCAAACCCGGGGGCACAGAACCGCUCAGCAGGAAGGCAGAAAAACCCAGGGAUGCCUAAUGGUCCGUGACCCCCCCGGUUCUGUGACGAUUUGCCAUUUUCCACAAGUAGUCCUCACCCAUACGUAAAAACAGGGUCACAACUAAAAGCAAAACAUAUUUAGAAAUUGACCUUUUGAAAUGUAAUCCAUGCUACAGGCAGACAUUUAUCCAAAGCCUUGCCACAAAAAUCAGUUCCACAACCAAAGCAUUUUUCAAUCUUUUAACAAUACUUUCUAAAUGGCUGAAAAUCAGGAAGAUACAACAACCACACAUUUUUCUACAGAAUUGGUUGUCAUUUUGCUGCACUGUAAAAAAAAAAGGGUCCUUUAACUUAACCCUCCUGUUAAAUUUAUUUAUGAUUAAUAACUUGAUUGUUCUUUAUUAAAUUUGCAAAAGUCAUUAAAUACAAAUGACCACACGUCUCAAUUAUAUUUCAAACAAACAUUCAAUAGGGUCAAAUUGACCACACAGAUAAAAGGAGGGUUAAGGUAAUCGCCUUUAAAAAUAUAAAUAAUAGAAAAAUAAUAAAAAUAGGCUUUAACAGCAUAUUAACAGACCACUUAAAGAUAAAAAAAAAUAAUAAAGUUUAAAAAGUUGGGUUCAUUCAUUCUUUUAGAUGAAGCAAUCUUCUAUUUGAUUCAUUCCACACUGCAUAUGGGAGUAUGAGCUGCAUGCAUUUUUCAAACCAUUUUUUUAAAGCAUACAUUUAUACAGAGUGCAAUCAAACACAGUAGCUUUAAAUAUAUUAUGUUCAUAUAAAGUGACCACGUUGCUUAAGAGAACGUGUAUAAAGCAGUAUUUUAUAAGCAGCUAGUUUUGAAUAUCAUGUAUAUUUAUAUUUGUUCAUUUAAUCUUACUUUUGUACCUAAAAUUUUGUAUGAAAAUGUAUCUAUUGCAUUUUGAUUAAACCUUGAUUUUGAUGUUA